AUGGCGAAGUGGACCAUGGUUUUCCAAUUCAACUUGUUACUUGUAAUUUUUCUUGUGAUACGAUUCUCUGAAGCUAGUGGGCAUAACAUGUUCGGUAUGUUUAGGUCUACUAAUGAUAAGCAAGAAGGCAAUAGCUCGAUAUGGGCCAUUCUGGUCGCUGGUUCAAAAGGGUACGAUAACUAUCGGCAUCAGGCCGAUGUUUGUCAUGCGUAUCAAAUACUUACCAAGGGUGGGUUGAAAGAUGAAAACAUAAUUGUCUUCAUGUAUGAUGACAUUGCAAAUAAUCCAAGCAACCCAAGGCCUGGUGUGAUAAUCAACAACCCCAAAGGCUCUGAUGUCUAUGCAGGUGUGCCAAAGGAUUACACUGGUAAAAGUGUAACCGCAGCCAAUUUGUACGCUGUGCUUCUUGGCAAUAAAACGGCUGUGAAAGGUGGAAGCGGGAAAGUUGUAGCAAGCAAUCAUAACGAUAAAAUCUUCAUAUAUUACUCGGAUCAUGGCGGCGCUGGACUUCUUGGGAUGCCAAACAUGCCUUUUGUUUAUGCGACUGAUUUGAUCAAUGUUCUGAAAAUAAUGCAUGCGAGAAAUACAUAUGAUGAGAUGGUUAUAUACAUAGAAGCAUGUCAAGGUGGAAGUAUUUUCCAAGGUCUAUUGCCCGAAGAUCUAAACAUUUAUGUGACAACUGCAUCAAAUUCAAUUGAGGAUAGUUGGGCCACAUAUUGUGCUGAUACAAAGCCACCCUCACCUCCGGAAUUCGAUACUUGCUUAGGUGAUUUAUACAGCAUUUCAUGGAUGGAAGACAGCGAGUCAGAAGAUUUGAGGCAUGAAACAUUGGAACAACAAUAUUUGAAGGUAAAGAAGAGAACAUACAACAACAAUUCGUACCAGGGAUCACAUGUGAUGGAAUUUGGAACUCUACGCAUAAAUAAUGAGACUGUUUCAGUUUAUCAAGGUUCAACUCCUAGAAAUUUCUCUGUGAAUCCAGGUCCAUCUUUCAGCUCCGUGGGUGUUGUUGACCAGAGAAAUGCUGAUCUUUAUUCCAUGUGGCAAAAGUAUAAGAAAUCCACAGAAGAAUCACAAAAGAAGGAACUACUAAAGAAAAUCAAUGAAAUAAAGUCAUAUAGAGUUCGAACAUUUGAGACGUACUGUGGAUCAUUGACUCAAUAUGGCAUGAAACAUUCACGAACAUUCGCUAACAUAUGCAACAAUGGUGUUACAAAGAAAGCCAUGGACAAAGCUAUAAAAGAGACAUGUAGCUCACAUAAGAUGGGAAAAUGGGAUCCAAAAAUUAUUGGUUACAGUGCGUGA